GAUGCGUUGUGUCUCGAUUUCCACACAGCCUGGACCUCCAACUCAUACUUCAUUUUUUUAUUCUUUCUUUUUUUGUUUUUGUUUUUGUUUAGCCAACCCAACCCUCAAUCUUCAAUCUUCAAUCAAUGAACCUUCUUUCUAUGUUCACCUUUUGACGGUUACUCUCUCUCUCUCUCUCUCUUUUCCUCACACACACAUCAUAACAAACCAUUUAUCCAAAGCAAGCAAGCAAGCAAUCACCGAAACUGAAAUUAGUUUGUAUGUGUCUGUGUAUGCGAGUAACAUGGGAAUGCUAUCUCACAGACACACAGCUAUGUCAAUGGCGAUGCUGUUGCUUCUUCUAGUCGUAAGAUUAUCAGUAGCAGCAGCAGAUCUCGAUUCCCAGCGAGCUGCAUUGCUAGCUCUCCGUUCUUCAGUUGGCGGUCGAACCCGUUUUUGGAACGCAACCAAUCAGACUCCCUGCAAUUGGGCCGGCGUCCAAUGCGACCAAGACCAUGUCGUCGAGCUCCACCUUCCCGGCGUCGCUCUUUCCGGCCAAUUACCGAACGGUAUAUUCGGCAAUCUGACCCACCUCCGCACACUCAGCCUCCGUUUCAACGCUCUCACCGGUUCACUCCCUUCAGAUCUGGCAUCAUGUGUCAACCUCAGGAACCUCUACCUUCAGCGGAACCUUCUCUCCGGCGAAAUCCCUCAGUUCCUGUUCAGUUUGCCGGACUUGGUUCGACUCAACAUGGGUUACAAUAACUUCUCGGGUCCUAUUUCAACCUCAUUCAACAACUUCACAAGACUCAAAACUCUCUUCCUUGAAAACAACAAGCUUUCAGGUUCCAUCCCAGAAUUGAACCGCCUGAGUCUGGAUCAGUUCAAUGUUUCCAACAAUUUGCUAAACGGCUCUGUUCCCGUCAAGCUUCAGACGUUUUCUCAAGAUUCAUUUCUGGGAAAUUCCCUCUGUGGUCGACCCUUUUCUCUAUGCUCUGGGACCGAUUCUCCUUCUUCUUCCCCUUUCCCUAUCCCCGACGGUAACGGCACCAAGAACAACAACAACCACAACAACAAGUUGUCCGGCGGAGCUAUUGCCGGAAUCGUAAUUGGAUCCGUGGUGUUUCUUCUUUUGGUCGUUUUCCUCUUGAUCUUCUUGUGCAGGAACAAGAGUAGCAAAAAGACCAGUGCUGUUAAUGUUGCAACUGUGAAGCAUCCUGAAUCUGAAGUUCCUCAUGAGAAAUCUAUUUCCGACAUGGAGAACGGCAAUGGAUACUCUUCUGCUGCUGCUGCUGCUGCCGCGGCCGCAGUUGCAGUGAACAAGGUUGAAGCAAAUGGCAAUGGCAACGGUGGUGUUGGUGGAGUGAAGAAGUUGGUAUUUUUUGGGAAUGCGGCUAGAGCUUUUGAUCUAGAGGAUUUGUUGAGGGCUUCGGCGGAGGUGUUGGGUAAAGGUACUUUCGGGACAGCUUAUAAGGCAGUUUUGGAGUCAGGGCCUGUGGUGGCAGUGAAAAGGUUGAAGGAUGUGACAAUUACUGAGAAGGAAUUCAGGGAGAAGAUUGAAGCGGUUGGAGCAAUAGAUCAUCAGAGUUUGGUACCUCUAAGGGCUUACUAUUUCAGCAGAGAUGAAAAGCUUCUUGUUUAUGAUUACAUGUCAAUGGGAAGCCUCUCUGCACUUUUGCAUGGAAACAAAGGAGCGGGUAGGACACCACUGAAUUGGGAAAUGAGAUCCGGGAUUGCACUAGGAGCAGCCCGUGGCAUUGACUACCUUCAUUCACAAGGGCCUAAUGUCUCCCAUGGAAAUAUAAAGUCUUCUAAUAUUCUCUUAACAAAAUCAUAUGAGGCUAGAGUAUCUGAUUUUGGGCUAGCACAGCUUGUUGGCCCCUCCUCUACCCCAAACCGUGUUGCCGGUUACCGUGCGCCAGAAGUAACUGAUCCUCGCAGAGUGUCUCAAAAGGCAGAUGUGUACAGUUUUGGUGUAUUGCUGUUGGAACUUCUGACUGGGAAGGCACCUACACAUGCUCUCCUCAAUGAGGAAGGGGUGGACCUUCCAAGAUGGGUCCAGUCAGUGGUUAGAGAAGAGUGGACUUCCGAGGUAUUUGAUCUUGAGCUCCUUAGGUAUCAGAAUGUUGAAGAGGAGAUGGUUCAGUUGCUUCAACUUGCUGUUGAUUGUGCAGCACCAUACCCUGAUAAGCGACCUUCAAUGUCUGAUGUGGUACGGAACAUAGAAGAGUUACGUCACUCUAGCUUGAAAGAGGAUCAAGACCAAAUCCAACAUGACAACAAUGAUUUAGAAUUAUAGAUAGAAGAAGGUGGUGCAUCACUAUCUUGAAUCUUCUUGAGUUUGCCACCACCUUACACUUGGUGGACUUUGCUUAAUCAGAGUCACAGCCCAUUUUUUUAUUUUACUUGCUAAAAUCCUGUGCGUAUGUUUGUAUUUUUUGUAUCUUGAGCCUCAAAUUUGUUUGAUCUUUGAAUUUCAUUCUCCUUUUUCCUUUUCAUUCUGCCAUUUCCUUUUUUUUUUCCUUCUUCUUCUCAAGUAAUUAAUACUUUGGGGAGUGGAUAUGUGUUUCAUUCCAUUAUUAGUUAUUAUUGUUGGAUUCUGGUUGAUGUAAUUAUUACCUUUGCUUUUGUUGAAACCUUAUUGUGUCUGUUGAAAACUUGUAAUAUAGUAGCUGUCAUUGGUUGGUUUCA